AUGGACGGAAAUGGCGACGACGACCGAGGACGCCUCGACCGCGAAGCUGGCGAUGCCGCCGCCGAGGAGCGCUCGCGCUCGCGAAGCCCGCCGCGCGGUCCGCCAGCGGACGAGCCGGCGGAGACGGACGGAGGCAACGGCGGCACCGACGCCGAAGGGCACGUCAGCGCAGAAGGCGGCGGCGAAGGCGGCGGCGAGGGCGGCGGUCAGCUGACUGGCGUCGCCCUGCGCUGGAACGAGAAGGGCUUCGGCUUCAUCAAGCCGGACGACGGCUCGGACGACAUCUUUUGCCACCUCUCUGCGAUCCGCGACGGCAACAUGCUGCGCGAGGGCGACAGCGUUCGGUUCGAGAAGCAGUACGACGCGAGCAAGGGCAAGGACCGCGCGCUCAACGUGUACGGCGGCGUCGAGGGCGAGGAUCCGCGCGAUAAGCGCGGCGGCGGCGGCGGCUUCACGGGCCAGCCGCGCCCCGGCAAGAGUGUGGGGACGGCGAUGCGGUGGAACCUCGACAAGGGGUAUGGCUUCAUCAAGCAGGCGCGGACCUGGUGGGUCGUGCAGACAGAGCGUCCCCUCACGCGCCCACGAGCCUGCGUACAGGACGACGGCGGUGAGGACCUCUUCGUCCACAUGAGCGAGGUCAAGGACGGGCAGGCGUUCGACGAGCGCAAGGGCAAGGACCGCGCCGUCGACGUGUACGGCGGCUGCGAGGCGCCGGCGCCGGCCGCGGGCGGCUACGGCGGCGGCUACAGCGGCGGCGGCGGAUACGCCGGCGGCGGAUACGCCGGCGGGGGGCCGGGAGGCGGGUAUGGCGGAGGGGGCGGGUACGGAGGGGGGGGCGGCGGGUAUGGCGGCGGAGGCUAUGGCGGCGGGGGAGGCUAUGGCGGCGGGGGAGGCUAUGGCGGCGGAGGCGACCGCUACGGCGACCGCGGCGGCGGCUACGCCGACCGAGGACCCGAGCAGCGCCACGGACGCCCAGCAACCCGACCCCUGUGCCGACCCCGCCCCCGACUGCGACAGGCGGCGGCUACGGCGGCGGAGGCGGCUACGGCGACCGAGGAGGCCAGCCCGCAACAUUCGAACUUUUGCCCCCCGGCCCCGCCCCUGACCUCGCCCCGGCCGCAAUACUCGAACCGUGGCCCUCCGCCUCGCUACGAGGACUACGACCGCGGCGGCGACCGGUACGGCGGCGGCGGCGGCGGCGGCGAGCGAUACGGCGGGUAUGGCGGCGACCGCCGCUGA